CAAUAUCGGUAUGGGUGUGGUAAUCGCAGUGUGUGAAUUUGGUUAGAAAUCUCGUCAGUUUUGGCGCCUGUAAAGUCUGUUUUUAGGCACAUAAGACCGGGAAGAAAAUGACAAAGCUCACCUUUUUAAAUUUUAGCAUGAUAACUAAAAACUAAACGGAGUUUUUUGGGGGGUCUCUGGAUCUUCGGUGCUGUCACAGUAAGGCCUCUGUGUUACUUCAGAGUGAGAAGAGGAGUGAAGCCCUCAGCGGAAGACCAUGAGUGAGCUGGAGCAGUUGCGGCAGGAGGCCGAGCAGCUCCGCAAUCAGAUCAGAGAUGCCAGAAAAGCCUGCAGCGACUCCAGUUUGUCCCAGAUCACAGCUGGGCUGGAUUCGGUGGGGAGGAUCCAGAUGCGCACGAGGCGAACCCUCCGAGGCCAUUUAGCCAAAAUCUACGCCAUGCACUGGGCUACAGAUUCCAGGCUACUGGUUAGUGCCUCACAAGACGGCAAACUCAUUAUCUGGGACAGCUACACAACAAACAAGAUCCAUGCCAUUCCUUUGCGCUCAUCCUGGGUGAUGACCUGUGCUUAUGCUCCUUCUGGAAACUACGUGGCUUGUGGAGGCCUGGACAACAUCUGCUCCAUCUACAGCCUUAAAACCCGCGAGGGCAACGUCAGGGUCACCAGAGAACUGCCCGGACACACAGGUUAUUUGUCAUGCUGUCGUUUCUUGGAUGAUAGCCAGAUAGUCACCAGCUCCGGAGACACCACAUGCGCCCUGUGGGACAUAGAGACGGGCCAGCAGGCCACCACCUUUACGGGCCACAGCGGGGACGUGAUGAGCCUGUCUCUCAGCCCAGACUCCAGAACUUUUGUGUCCGGAGCCUGUGACGCCACCUCCAAACUGUGGGACAUCCGAGAUGGCAUGUGCAGACAGUCCUUCACCGGCCACGUCUCUGACAUCAACGCUGUCUGUUUCUUCCCCAAUGGGAACGCAUUCGCGACCGGAUCAGAUGAUGCCACAUGUCGCUUGUUUGACCUGCGUGCCGACCAGGAGCUGAUGAUGUACUCCCAUGACAACAUCAUCUGUGGAAUCACCUCCGUGGCCUUCUCCAAGAGUGGACGCCUGCUGCUGGCCGGCUACGACGACUUCAACUGCAAUGUGUGGGACACGCUGAAGGGAGAACGAGCAGGCGUUUUGGCUGGGCACGAUAACAGGGUCAGCUGUUUAGGCGUGACCAACGACGGCAUGGCCGUGGCCACGGGCUCGUGGGACAGCUUCCUCAGGAUAUGGAACUGACGUGAUUGGACGGGACUCUGGAGUGUGAUGACCCACUCUGUCCAAUCAGUCAUUGUAGCGUCCUGCUGCCACAGAGGAACCCUCCUCCUCCUCCUCCUCCUUCCCUCCCUUUUCCAGGUGACCUGGUUUUCUUCAUCUUCUCUUACUAGAGCCUGCCCCCUCCACCCACAACCUCCCCCCAGCUUCAAGUCAACUGCAGAGGAUGACACCCAACUUUGAGGACCCUCUCGUUCUCUCUAUUUCUAUCUAUCUGUCUGUUCAUCUGUCUGUCUAUACGGCCUCAUAACCUUAAGAACAUGGGGGAUAGACUGUGUGUUUUGUGUGUGUGUGUGUGUGUGUGUGUGAGUGUGUGUAUAUAUGAUAUUUGCUAUUCUAUGUGCUUGUAUGUGAAAUGUAUGCACUUCUGACAGUGUUUGGAUGUUGACGUGUGGAUUCUCGUGGUGGGUGUGUCGAUUGUCCUUAUUGUGUUUCCUUUCCUCAAUUUAUGGUUUUUCCCUUUUUUAUUUUUUUGUAAUCACAGUGUAGUUUUGCUGCACACACCAGGGCACUGCCAAUGGUUUGGGCUUCUCCAUGAAUAAACCGACCAUUGUAGGUGCUGAAAUCAACCUGCACUGGUCGUGUGGGUCAGUGUUGGGUUCAACACUGAUGUUUUAACACACCGGGGAUAUUUUGCAAGGAAGGAUAACUUAAAGGAAUAUGCCAGUGUUUAUACAUGUCUCUAAAAAAAAGAACAGAAAAUUCACUGAGUUGAAUCACACUUCUAUUAGAAGUCAGUGGGAAGGUGCAGAAACAUCUUCCCAUUGGCUUCUUUCAUAAGUCAGAUGGUUUUCUGUCCUUUUUUAAAGGAAACUGUGUUAGUUGAUCAUAUAUUACAGCUACAGCAGGUUGAAGAACGCUGGCCCAAAGCAUGUCCAGUAGACGAUUAGGGACAUUUCCAUUUGGACAGUCCUCAGUUUUGGUCAAUGAUUUAUUUACGUGUUCGUGCUGAAAAAUGUGCAUCGAAUUGGUGAUGGUACACAGCUGAUGGCAGCAUACAGCAGCGUGAACGUUGCCAGUGCCAGCAUUCGGUGCCUAUGUUUCUAAUAAAAUCAACAUCUGGUUUAUUCCACUGUCGGCCGAUGGCAAUAAUUGGGGGAAAAUUCUUAUUAUGGAACAUGCCAGAAUAUUACGCUGUGGCUUCAUUGAAAACAACAGAAUAUCCGGUCGUCAACUGUCUACCGCCAACAUGUAAAGACAGCAGAAGUCUAGCUUAUGGAGAAAUCCAGCUUUGUGAAAUACCCCAGGUUAACUGAAGGAGCACUCAAGGGUUGUGUACAGAGCAUUAGUGACGCUGUUCCGCUAAAGCAGGCUGUGUGUCUGUUCCAGUGAUCCAGGCUUGAGUUCAUUUAGGGCAUUAAUAGUCAGCCAUGGUGCCUCCUGCUCUGUCGAAAGCAGCCUCAGCAGCUGCCAUUGUGCCAGUUCGUGUUUUGCUGUCCUCCAGGCCAUCGUGCAGUAUUGUUUUGACCAAACUGGCUGGACAUCAUCCUAUUGGGUGUGCAAGAGCAUCUCAAAGAAGCUUCGACUUUGGGUUCUGCCUUUUGUCAGUUUAGUUGAAGGAACUGUGGGGUGCCAUCUGUAGUACUCUGUACUGGUCCUGUUUGAUCUAUUUAUACUACAGUAUAUGGCAUAGGAGGUGCAUUUGGCAGACUGACCUCACACAUGCUUAUCAGGAUGUGCUACAUAACAAGAGGCCUUGCUCACUGCCACCUUGACUUCGGCUGUGUGUACUGUACCUUAUUCACCCCCAAACGCCCAAACAGCUUAAAGGUAUAUUCCAGUAUUUUUCACGCCUGCAAAAAUACAGGUUUACUGACAGAACUCAGGAGCUGCCCGUUAGCUUCUAUUACACACGUGGUUUUUCUGUUUUUCUGUUCCUUUACUAAGUACUGGGAAAUGUUAGUUAUGGUCCAUAGUAAUUGACCAUAUGCUACAGAUGUGGAACAUGGCGAUACGGUUGAAAAAUGCUGAAAUAUUCUUUUAAACUUCUGCUCUGUUGAGCAUUUCCUAAAAAAAAAAAGAAGAUUUUCCUGCUUUUCUUCAGAACCUAGUUGGGCAUUUGUGUAAAAUGAAGAGUCUCUUAAAGGAAUAGCUCAGCAUUUUUCAACCUAAUACCCAUCUUGUACAUCUGUAUCACAGGGUCACAGUUACUAUGGCUACGUUCACAUUACCAGGUUGAAGAGGCACAAAUCCGAAUUUGUGACUCAGGGCUGAUGUUUUCAGAGCUGUGCGGACGCGUGAAUCUGAGUCACUUUCAUAUGUGGUCCUACAUCAGAUACCCAAUUUGUACUCCACUGCGCGUGCACCAUCAUUCAGCGUUACCAUGACAUCAGUAUGUAAACGGUGGAAAAACAACAUCUCAUCUGUUCCAACUUGUCUGGCUCUAAUAAAGAAGCCGAGAGCUGAUCAGAGUUAAUGAUCUUCUCAGCGAAGCUCGUUCUGCUCGUUGGUCUGUUUGCUGGUGAUGCAGUGAUUCAGUCCCGUGAUGUUACUGAGUAGGAUGAGCUCAUGAGGGUCAUUUCAGGACGCCGGUUCGUUCACAUUAAUGACAGAUUUGAAUCAUUUACCUAAACGAGUGUGAACCAUCGUGUCAGAGAGAUCGGAUUUGAGCAACGAGGCUUGUAAUGCGAACGUAGCUUAGGGACAGUCGUUUCAUCACGUUUCCCUGUAGUUAGUAAAGAACAGAAAACGUGUCAAAACCUACUUAUAACAGAAGCUGAUGACCAGUUUCUGAAGCAACUGCCCAUUCGCUUGUAUUGUAUGUCUCUUUCAAGAUUCCCUUGCUAUUAAGUACCAGUGGGGUUACUGCCUGUCCAUAGUAAUUGACUGUACGCUAUAUAAACAGCACAUAGUGAUUAGGCUGAAAAAAUACUGGCGUAUUUCUUUAACAUGGCACAUGAUGGUAGAGGUUUCUGAAGGCGUAGCCCCCAUAAACAUACUGCUUCAACUGAAGGGUGAGUCUUAAACGAUCAUGGUUUUUUUUACAUGACCACAAGCUUCACUGUGUGUAAUUUUCCACAAAUGUGAGACAUGAGCGUUAUAAAACGGCACUGGGACGACUUCCUGUGUCAAACUCGAGAAGAGAGCAAGCCUUAACUGUCAUAGUUCACUUGAAAGUCAGUAAUCACCUUCAUUUUGUGCCAGUUGGUAUGAUUGAACUAGAGUAAUGAAGGCUGUUGUUAUGAGUCUAUUAAAACUGUCUUACUGUCGGUGUUAUUUUUUUCUAUGAAUGAAAUGCUUUACUUCACACUUGAGCUUUAGGCUUUUUUUUUUUUUUUUUUUAGCUGAAGUUUCUGAUCAACAGUUCCCAGAUCCGAGUUCAAAAGUGAUUCUUUCUUGCGUUUCAUAUAUUUUGAGUUUGAGUACAGUAUUGUGAGUGGAAGUCUUUUAAAUAUUAAAUCUUUUUGUUUUCCCCAUUUUACUGUACUUUGGCUGGGCUCUGUCAUUUUGCCAUGUCCAAAAAAAAAGUGUCUUCAAAAUGGUGACUUUACAAGAAAAGGCAAAAACAUUCUUUACUUUUAAUAUAUAUGUUAACGAUAUGAUAUUUUGUCAAAGUUAUUUUGGAGCUUUUCUGUUGUUCAUACAAUUGGAAAACCACUUUUAAACACUUUCCCUGCAUUUGCAUGAAAACAUUUAAGGCAUAAAAGGUGCCCAAAACUGUCUAGUGACGCUUCUGAAUUGCGAAAACACAUUUGAAUAGUUAUAGGAAAUUACUCCAUUUGACCUGCUGUGUUAAAUAAGGCAUCAUUUUUUCAGUAUAACAACAAAACUGUAUAUAGUGUGAUGUGAGUGUAUUCUGUUGCAGGCGAACUGAAUUCAACUGAAUUUCCCUGUCAUUUGAAAAUUAGUGAUGAGUAAGGAGCAAGUUAAUGACUAUCCUAUGGAUACUUUGGCUAGCUACCUGGAACUUAUCCUAUGGAUAACAGUGUUCUAGCAGGGCUUCUUCAGCUAGAAUGUCAGAAAAAUCAGCUUUCUCCUUCAAAAAUUUGGCAAGUGGCCACUUUAACCACAGUGUAAACAGUGGAUUCUGUGUAAACCAGCGUAAACAGGGAAGUGCUGAACAGGGGGCAGUGUUUAAUGAAAGACUAGACUAUGAAAGAUUAGAAAUCCCAAGAAUUUAAACCUGAACAGUAUUGCUUAGGCCUAGUUUGAAUUCAGAAAAUUCCUCACUUCCUCUAAAGUCUGUACAGGGGGAAAUCCGUGCUGCAGGGGUCAAAAUGUACUCUGUGAAUGAUGCAACGUCUUGUGCGUCCAGAUAAAAACGCCUUGCUUUUGUUGUGCCACUGUACUGGAGUAGUAAUGAGUGAAAAAUGGGCUGUUGCUGUCCGUUACAUUCCUACUUGAGUGGUUUACAGUUUGAGUUUUGAUAAAAGGCUGAACUGUAAAUUGAUUCAGAAAAACAAAAAAAUUGAUUCAGACCAUAAAUUAAAAUGUGCAUUAUUAAUGAAGUUUUGACAACAAAUCAGGGCCGAAUCAUCCAGUUGGUUCAUCAUUACUGAUUUAUUUUUUUGUAAUUGAGUAAUUAUGACAGCCCUACUUAAGAAUAAUUUAAGACCGGUUAAAUAUAGAAAUUUAGAACUGAUUUUGUACAUUUCUGCAGCAUUUUCCCUCCCGAGUGUUGUUAGAGGAAAUGAAGGCUUUAUUCCUCUGGGUCCAAGUUGAUAAAUGGUGCCAAACAUCGCUGAAAGCACCGCGCUCGUAGCCUGACUGCAGUUUCAUCAUCACAGAAAUUUAGAUCAAACCCAAGACGACAGUGACAAGAAGCACCCGCCCUGAGCUAAAACCGAAAGUGCAUGUGAGGUAACACUUCACAGCUUUGUCGUGGUGGCAUCGACCCGCUCCAUCACCGGAAUCGUGUUACAGGGUUUUGGCACGACUACAGUUUCGCUUAGUCGCUUUGACAUUUGUUUAUUUGCAUCAGCAAAUGCCAGGAGUGUAAUCUAAUCUGAUCUGUGAGCUUCACUUAAUUAUGAUUCUUUAGGAACGUCAUAAUCUCAUUCCAUUCAUUCAAUCUGGUUAUUUUGGUACAGUUCAGAAUUAUAAAAUAAAUAAAUAAAUAAAGUCGUGGCUGGAGGAGUGCCACCGUUUCUGGGGAGGUGAGGGCCAAAUAGUCAAAAUAAUACACAGUUAAGGAAUGCAAGCAGGUUUCAAUUCAAAGGUUUAAGAUCUGAAUUCAAAGGUUUUAAAAAUGUAUUUAGUAACAUUAGACUGUCUUUUGUUACCUAAAUACUUCAUGUAAAAAUAAUUAGGUUUGUUUAUAUAUACUAGUCAUAUGAAACAGUUUGGGUGCCUCUGGUCAAAUUCUGUUUUGUUAACACAUCCUCCAAAUUCUGUAUUUUUAAAGUAUGUUAAAACUCAGCAAGUGCACUUAAAUUUGCAGGAGAAAAAAAAAAAAUCCAAGUUUAAGUCCCGUUAGAAGAACAUUUUCACUUAGAAAGGCAACAAAACAUUUACAUUGACUUGGGUGUUCAAACUUUUUCGUACAACUGUAUAUAUGCCCACUUUGGGCCACCUGGCAAUUUAUUAUUACUAAUUAUUAUUAUUAUUAUUAAUAAUAAUAGUAAUAUUAGUAUUUUUACUUUUGAAAAUAAACCUGCAUUUAUUUUGAUUCAAAAAAAGCCACAUCCUUUACUGAAUGUUAUUCUAAUUGAUUAUAAUCGAUUCUUACAUUCCAGACUCAAUUCAAAUCAAUGCAUUUUUGCACCCCCAGUAUUUGUGCUUUUAUUUAGAAGACAUUAUGGACAGAAUUUUUGUGUUUGGAUGUCGUAGACGUGGUUUGUAGGACCGGGAUUCUUCCUUCUGACUAAACUGUUUUUUUGUAUGUUCAGUACCUUCAUAUAUGACUAAAAAUACCAGUGAGCAGCACAUAAAUAACCGAAGUGCACUCUUCCAAGCAGGGUGGUUGUUUUUCAUCAAAAAGUAUAGACAUGUAACCGAAGCAGCCAAAAGGUGCCGCAGAAGGCCGAUUUACGUUAGAAGCAAAGGAUACUCUCUUCAACGUGCCUGUACUACACAACCAAACCAUUAUCAUCACUGUAUUACACACGUCCUCCUGUGCCUGCUAUAACUGUCUAAUUAAAGACGUUCAUUUACGGUUUGCUGCAUUUUUAUGUCUCCAUUUAGAGCUGCACCUGUCAUUGAUUAUUUUCCUGUGUACAUUAAUCACAGACUGUGAGAAAAAUGUCAGUACAACUUAUUGCCUCUUGAUACUAGCUUAUUCGUGUUGAUUACCUUCACCUUUUAAUCAUCAGAAGCGGAUCUGUGUUUUUUCUGUUGGUCCAGAAAAAUAAUGAAUAUUCCCAGUUGACGCUUUGUAUGAAAUUUUUUUUUUUAAACACCAGAUUUUUAUUUGUAUUUGUACAGUGGCUGAGUGACACUUGUUGCUGUUUGUUCUCAUAACCAAUAAAGGCUUUUCAUCAAAGCACA